CCACCGAGUCCCGUACAAGCAACAGAAGCGGCUGCGACGCCGCAAGCCGACGUGGUGUCCCUCCGCCCGACCGAGAGCACUCCUUUUCGUGUCCUUCCACCGAUCCCGGGCGGCGUCCGGGCGGCUCACCGGGGGCGGCGACGCGUCUGCGGCGCAGACGGUGAAGCUCCGGGGCUAUGAGGUGAGGGCGCCCGGGCACCGGAGGCGGCACGCGUGGCGUCAGGACGUGGGACGCAGAGCCCCCGGCCCGCGGCUGCCUCUGGGACCCCGCGGCCGCGCGAGCGGCGAGGAGAGGACGUUGAAAUUAUUCUCUAAGCUAUUUGAAGAGAGUGACUAAAUGCACCUGGGUCAGGCUGUCUGUGGGUAUGAAGUGGUUGGGAGAAUCCAAGAACAUGGUGGUGAAUGGCAGGAGAAGUGGAGGCAAGUUGUCUAAUGACGAGCAGCAGAAUCAAUCAAAGUUACAGCACACGGGAAAGGACACAGUGAAGGCUGGCAAAAACGCGGUCGAGAGGAGGUCGAGCAGAUGUAAUGGUAAUUCCGGAUUCGAGGGACAGAGUCGAUAUGUGCCAUCUUCUGGAAUGUCCGCCAAGGAGCUCUGUGAAAAUGAUGACCUAGCAACCAGUUUGGUUCUUGAUCCCUAUUUAGGUUUUCAAACACACAAAAUGAAUACUAGCGCCUUUCCUUCGAGGAGCUCAAGGCAUUUUUCAAAAUCUGACAGUUUUCCUCACAACAACCCUGUGAGAUUCCGGCCAAUUAAAGGAAGGCAAGAAGAACUAAAGGAAGUAAUUGAACGUUUUAAGAAAGACGAGCACUUGGAGAAAGCCUUCAAAUGUCUAACUUCGGGUGAAUGGGCACGGCACUAUUUUCUCAACAAGAACAAAAUGCAAGAGAAAUUAUUCAAGGAACAUGUAUUUAUUUACUUGCGAAUGUUUGCAACUGACAGUGGAUUUGAAAUACUGCCUUGUAAUAGAUACUCAUCAGAACAAAAUGGAGCCAAAAUAGUUGCAACGAAAGAGUGGAAACGAAAUGACAAAAUAGAAUUACUGGUGGGUUGUAUUGCCGAACUUUCAGAAAUUGAGGAGAACAUGCUACUUAGACAUGGAGAAAACGACUUCAGUGUAAUGUAUUCCACACGGAAAAACUGUGCUCAGCUCUGGCUUGGUCCUGCUGCGUUUAUAAACCAUGAUUGCAGACCUAACUGUAAGUUUGUGUCCACUGGUCGAGAUACAGCAUGUGUGAAGGCUCUAAGAGAUAUUGAACCUGGAGAAGAAAUUUCUUGUUAUUAUGGAGAUGGGUUUUUUGGAGAAAAUAAUGAGUUCUGCGAAUGUUACACUUGUGAAAGACGAGGAACUGGUGCUUUUAAAUCCAGAGUGGGACUGCCUGCACCUGCUCCUGUUAUCAAUAGCAAAUACGGACUCAGAGAAACAGAUAAACGUUUAAAUAGGCUUAAAAAGUUAGGUGACAGCAGCAAAAGUUCAGACAGUCAGUCUGUCAGCUCUAACACUGAUGCAGACCCCUCUCAGGAAAAACCCAACGCAACUUCUAACCGAAAAUCUUCAGUUGGUGUGAAAAAGAACAGUAAGAGCAGAACAUUAACACGGCAAUCUAUGUCAAGAGUUCCAGCUGCUUCCAACUCUACCUCAUCUAAGCUAACUCAUAUAAAUAACUCCAGGGUACCAAAGAAACUGAAAAAGCCUACAAAGCCUUUACUUUCAAAGAUAAAAUUACGAAAUCAUUGCAAACGGCUGGAGCAAAAGAGUGCUUCGAGAAAACUCGAAAUGGGAAACUUAGUACUUAAAGAGCCUAAAGUAGUUCUAUAUAAAAAUUUGCCCAUCAAAAAAGAUAAGGAGCCAGAGGGACCAGUACAAGCCACAAUAGCUAGUGGGUGCUUAACUAGACACGCAGCGAGAGAACACAGACAGAACUCGGGGCAAGGGGCGCCUUCACCCGUGGAGGGCGUGCUCUGCACCUACACAACCAGGCGGUCGAUGAGGACAAGAAUGAACUUGAAGGAGACCUCUGACAUCAAGCUUGAACCAAAUACAUUGGAUGACUAUAAAAACAGCUUGACGGAAUCUUGCCCAGACAGUCGCGAGCAGCCCGCCCCUGCAGUGUGGGAAGAACGGGCUCUCGAAACUGCCCAGAAGGGGGAAGCCAAGUGUCAUAAGAGUGACAUCAGCAUGUCCAGAAAGAAAGCCCGACAAGGCAAACUUGUGAGACAGUUGCCAAAAGCAGAGGAAUCAGCUCCAGGGCAUGAUUCCCCUGGAGGGGCCAGCGUGGUGCCAGACAUGACGGGGUCCCACUCUGACCAGGGCGAGCACAGCGGCGCAGAGGGCGGGCCCGGGAGCUACGCGGACUGGGCCCCUUCACCAGUUGGCGGUUCAGUUGUGACAUCAGAGAGCUUCAAAAUGAAAGACAGCUUCAGAACUGCAAAAAGUAAAAAGAAGAGGCGAAUCACAAGGUAUGAUGCACAGUUAAUCCUAGAAAAUAACUCUGGGAUUCCCAAAUUGACUCUGCGCAGGCGUCACGAUAGCAGCAGCAAGACAAAUGACCAAGAAAGCGAUGGGAUGAGCUCUUCAAAAAUCAGCAUCAAGUUAAGUAAAGACCACGAGAACGAUAACAAUCUCUAUGUAGCAAAGCUUAAUAAUGGAUUUAACUCAGGAUCAGGCAAUAGUUCUACAAAAUUAAAAAUCCAGCUAAAACGGGACGAGGAAAGUAGGGGGCCAUGUGCAGAGGGGCUUCAUGAAAAUGGGGUGUGCUGUAGCAACCCUCUCUCUCUCCUGGAGUCUCGAAUGGAAGUCGAUGACUACAGUCAGUACGAGGAGGAAAGUACAGACGACGACUCCUCAGAGGGGGGUGGGGAGGAGGACUGUGACGAUGACUUUGAGGAUGAUUUCAUUCCUCUUCCUCCAGCUAAGCGGCUGAGGCUGAUAGUUGGGAAAGACUCCAUAGAUAUUGACAUUUCUUCCCGGAGAAGAGAUGAUCAGUCCCUGAGGCUUAACGCAUAAGCUCUUGGUCUUAAUUUGACCUGAGAUAACUACUUUAAAGAAAUUCCACUCAGUUAUUCCUCAACUGAAACCUUUUAGUGGCAGCCCUUCUGAUGUCUCUUCACUUAACAGCAUAAUACUGUAGAAAGUGUACAGUGUACCGACUCUUCUUAAGUCUGAUUUGUGCAGAUUUUUAUUGUACUUUUUAAAUAGCCUUCUUACGUGCAAUUCCGAGUUAGAGGUAAAGAGAGCCCUGUUGUAAAAUAAAGGCUCAAGCAAAAUUGUACAGUGAUAGCAACUCUCCACACCAGACGUUGAAAACAAUAAUGUGGCUACACAAUUUUUUUCUUUUAACUAAGAGCAUCAACUGGCUCUUUAAUAUGUAACUAAACAAUAAUUUAAAAACAAAUCAUACUUGCAGCAUAUUAAGGUUUUCUAGUAUAUGCUAAUAUCACCAGCAAUGAUCUUGGCUUAUUGAUUUAUUUGCUAGAUAAUCCCCCCUUGGAGUUCUGUCAGUUUCACAGUUUGCUAGCCCAGGUGCACUGUUUAUGGCCUUGGUCAAAAUAGCAAACAUAGGUUGGGAGUCAAACUGGUUUGUUUUUUUGUUCGUUUUUCUAAGUACAAUUAAUUACUUGCUGACGGCUCCCUUUUCAGUACAUAAUGUGUACAAGGGUGGCAGUGUGCAGGAUGGGUUUCAAUACAGCGUAUUUAUUGCUUGUCAUGUAAAUUAAAGACCUUGUAUUUAACACUUUUCAAUUCUUUUAGAUAAAAUUGUUCUUUGCAAGAAUGAUUGGUGCUUAUUUUUUCAAAAAUUUGCUGUGAACAAUGUGAUGACAACAUUUAUCUAAUGAACUACAGCUAUCUUAAUUUGGGUCAAGAUUUCUGUUGCACUUGUAAAAUGCUACAAGGAAUAUUAAACUAUUCACUUUAACUUAUAAUAGUUUAUGAAAUAAAAACAUGAGUCACAGCUUUUGUUCUGUGGUAACCUAUAAAAAUGUCUGUCUUUGAAAUUCAAUGUAAAGAACUGAAAACAAUGUAUAUGUUGUAAAUAUUUGUGUGUUGUGAGAAAUUUUUGUCAUAAGAAAUUAAAAGAACUUACCAGGAAGGUUUUUAAGUUUAGAAAAUAUUCAUGCCAAUAAAAUAGGAAAUUAUAAAUAUAUAGUUUUAAGCACUGCAUCAGUGGGAGUUCCUGGCUUAUGUUAGUUUAUGUAUGAAAGUAUCAAAGAUUUUUUUGACUAUUAAAGAGAGGAGUCAGAUUUAAUUUGUUUUUUGAAGCACUUUGAGAAGAGAAUUUUAAGUAACUUAAUGACCAAAUUUUUUAUUAUGUUCAAUCUUUUGUUUCUCUGGAUUAUUUUACAAAUCAUUGGACAAAGAAUUUGGGAAUAUAAAUCUGUACCAGUGUGUCUCUUUCUUUCUGGGAAAUGUGUACAUGUACUUUCAGAUAUACAGUGUUCCUAAGUAAAAUCAAUUUAGGGGAUUCGUGUAGUAUCUGUAGAAAAGUAGCCCAUGUCUUAAAAUAUUAAAAGGAGCCUGCAGGUAAUGAAAAGUCCAGUGGAGAGACCCCCAGUGCUUCCUGUUAUUACCAGUUGAUUCCUACCUGCUUCCAAGUUCCGAGGACAUCAUUUAAAUUAAGUUCCUUAAAAUUAGUGAAUUAGUGCUAGUAGGUUCCAAAUAGAAGUUAAUAUUCUUAUGAGGUUUUUAAAUUGAGAAUUUUUUUCUCAUGUUCCUCAAGGAAUCGCUUCUAUGGUCUUGUGCCAUCGCAUCCUGGUCUGUCCAGUGCAGCUUAAUCCCUCAGGUGGAACGUGGGCCGUGCAGCUGACUUCUUGCACACACUCAUGCCCCCUGUGCUUGAGUUCUUCACUUCGUGACCUGGGGCAGCCCCCCAGGUCUGUGCCCCGAAGCAUUCAGAACGCUUUACAGACCACAUCCCGUCCUGACGGGAUCCCUGUGUAAGAGAAGCGGGAGACGCGUGCUACCAAGGAAGGUCACACUGAGCCCGCGUCUAGGAAAUGCCGGAGAGCAGUGGGUCGCCUCUUCUAUUCCCACCUUACUUUGAAGUGUUCUGAAGAGGCUAAGAGACUAACUUUUGAACUGUUGCUUGAAAUAUAUACAAUACCCAUUUCAGGAAUUUCAAUCUUAAGAAGUAACAAAAUACCACAUUUCCCAAUUUUCUCCAUUUUUAAGCUUACUUUAGUAACUUAUUUAUGACAUUUCUUUUAAUAUUAUUGCGGCCUUUUGAGGCCAACCUCCCAUGGGUCUGAGCUGUGACAUCCCAUGUGGUCACUGCCUCAGGAAGCCGAGGUGCGCAAGCGCUCAGCGGCCCCUGCUGGCGCCUUCCAGGGAAACCUAAUUUCCGUUUUCCAAGUUAGGGGCCUCGGAGCUGUUUCAGCUCUGCUGUAAAACUUCACUGUGUGGCGUGGCAAAAUUCACACUGGUGAGGUUGCAUUCAAUAAAACCCUUAGCUUGAGCUUAUGCAAUGAUUCGUAACAAUUUUGGCAUUGUAAGAAUUAGGAAAUGAUCAUAAAAAUACAUGUAUUCAAUUUUCAAUCGCUUUUCAAAUUACUGUUUUAAAUUGGUUUGCUGAGUUGUAAUACUUUUGAGAUACAAUGUAUUCCUUGUACUGAAAGAAUGAAAAAAGGACUUUUUCAGCACUUGAGGUAAGUUCUUUAACGUUUCAUUAAAAACAUUUUUUACAAAUAUUUUGUACAUGCACUUGCAGUAUUGAGGUUAAUCAUUUUAAUAAAUUCGGAAAUUAAAACAA